AGCAUUCAUUUAAAUAAACGUAUAUCUUGUAUAUCUCUAUAUUCCUGAAAAGUUAUCAAUAAAAUCUCCAUAAAGUCGUGCACUUUCAACGCAGGCUGCCGGAGUCAAUGCACCUGCAAACUGCUGGCCACUUGAAAUGAUUGCAUCUAAGUGACAGGUGAGAUAAUCAUCCUCAUGGUCCUCUUCACCCGUCUCCCUCCUCCUUUUUCUCCUCCUCCUGAUAUACCGGCAUGUCCUCGCCUGUGGGAUGGAGUUACUCCUGCAUUGACUUUCAGUCUGGAUGCUGCUGCUCCGAUCCACUUGGAUGCCUCUCUUCAUGAAGGAGGGUCGUAUCUUUCCCACUUGAUCGCGCAGUCACCCAUUCCAGCCAUCCGAAGGGGAACUUUAAAGAGUUGAUUCGCGUUUUAACCUAAACAACAGAGCGCAGAGAAGCGGUUGGUGUUAGUCGCCUUGACCGACGGGAAGCAUGAAGUUCCAGAAGGCAGCGCGCGUCUUGGUUCUGGUGUUGGUGCUGCUGGUGCACGCGGAUCACCGCGGAGUGCAGGGGAAAGCGGCUCGGCUGGAGCGCUGGGUGAACGCUGGACUGCAGUACUUGAAGGUGCACCUGUGCCGCAAGGUGUCUUUACCGGAGAGCGAGUGCCGCAGGCUCGCUCAUCUCCACCCCAGCGGAAUAGCGGUGUAUACUUCAGAGCCUGUCUCUGGGAAAGUGCUCGCCAUCCUGCCCGACUCGCAUCCCGCGUUAAAAGCGAGUCAGAGCGCGGCUCCGUCGGCGGCUGAGCGCGGCUUCCAAGACGUGAGCGCGCAUGACGCCGUGCUCGUGCUGGACCCGAGUCCCGGAGAGAGCUUCGGCCACCCCGUGCUGCUCUUCUACCUGGACUUUAAUGUGUCUAAGAAAAAGUGUGCACACAUGGAGGGGAUUUAUCUGGGAGAGGAGUGCAUGACGCCAGCCCUGAAGACUCAAUGUCAGAACCAACUGAAGCGGAGAAGGAGCCGCAGCGACCGUACAAUGGACCGCACACUGAUUCGGAGGAGUGCAGUGUCCAGAGCAAGUCAUACAGAGCGUAGCAAUGGCUUCUGUGAGAUCCACUUCCUGCCCCGAGUGGUGGGAAUGAGGGACAGCAACCGAACGCAGCGCCUACACUGUGUGGAUCGUCUAGAGUUUGCUAGAUGCCCACAGCCUUUGCCCCUCACCAGUCCAAGUAUGCCCAUCUCUAGCUGUGAGCUCAAUAAAAACACACGUCGUUGCCACCAGCAACCUCUCACCACACAUCUCUCCUGUCGCCUCUACCAGACCUGUGAUCAUGCAGUACUGCUCUCAGGUGGCUGGCAGGAACAGAUCAUAUACCAACAUCAUGAGCAGAAUCUGCUCCUCUUCUACCAGAUGCUUAGAAACAAUGGUUUUCAUAAGGAUCACAUUAAAACAUUCUUUGCUGGAAAUGGACAGGUAGCAGCUAAAGAGACAGAAGGAAUGUAUCCAGCCACAGAAAAGGAAGUCAUCAGGAACCACAUCUCCUAUAUCUGUCGCAAGCAGCACUGUGCAGACACAUUUGUCCUUUACCUAAACAGCCCGACCCGCAAUGAUGGAACCAUGCUACUAUGGGACCGCAACAACAACGGCAUUGCAGAUCUAAAGGAGCGCUAUGCAGUAAGUGAGCUGCUGGCUGACCUUGCAGGCUGCAGGGCGAGUCGAGUGCUGCUCUUUGUUGAGCAGAGCUACACUGGAGUUCUUACCAAGAGACUAAAGGGCUCUCUCAAACACCUUAAUGUGGUUUUGCUCAAUGGCCUGCCAUGGGUGAACACGGCCCAGUUUUGGGCCUCUUUGCACCCAUCUCACUGCCUCAUCGACCACCUCAGUGAGAAUGCUGUAAUGCCUCAUGUGGGUGAUGGGAUAAGCCUGCUAAACGUUACUCUGUCUGGAGCUCCCUGUAACUCUACGCCACCGCUAUCAGAGGCUGAGAUGAAGAGGGAGUACAUGGGCUGUCAGAACUUGCCCACAGCACUGUGGCACAAGGGCCGUCAAAAGUCUUAAAACUGCGAGGAAAAACAGAGACCAUGAUUAUUCCUCUGGUGCAGCCACAUCAACUAUACUACCAGUAUCUAAUCUCAACUAGAGAAGGCUAGCUAUGCCAAACAGGACUUUUCGGUCACCCUAGUUUUUUACUCCAGCUUUCGAUCUUUGGUUGUAACACUAGAUUCAUGCAGUAACUUUAGAAAGCUGCUAGACAAGAAAAACAAUGUGUAUAAAUUAUUGUUGCUCAAAUACUGGUUAAACUGUCAUUAGCGCGAUCCAAUCUGUCUAAAAUGCUUGGACCCUGAAAAGAUGGUUGAACAGAAACAGCCUGCUGUGGAAGCCACAGGAGUCGUGUUAUGCAUUAUGUCUGCACUCUGAACCUCAGCCCUCCAUUCGAGGAGACAGCAUCCCAGUGUUUGGUUCCUCCAGUAUUUUUGUCUACCCCCUGGGAGGGUUCAACCAGCGGGCAGCUGUGCUCUUGCAUCUCUUCUAAUUCAGAGUGUCCUGUAAUGGGUCAGUGCUCACGCCACACCCGGGAGAUAAACCACAGUGACUAUGCCAGUUUGAAACUAUAGGACAAAUCUCCCUUGCAGUCACCAUGAAGCAAUUAGUCAUGAGAAGUGUACCUUUAGCAGUGUCCGCCCCAUCCAAGGCUACUGUGACUCUCUGUUUCAAAAAAGUUCGUGUUAACCUUUUUCUGUUCCCCAGCAGGCUGACCUGUAUCAGUGUUGGCCUGUGGGUCACAGACCACAAACUAGGAGGGGGGGGGGCAUAUAGCUGUCACACAGGUCUUGCUGUAAUUAAAGUAAAACCUUCAAUGAUUAAUCAAAGACAAAAUAAGUUAGGAAUAAUAAUAAAAACAACAACAACAAUUCAUUGGACCUUUUUACACAAAGGCCCGGACCAGGUUUGGCAUUAUAGUUUAGAUUAAGCUUAUCUGUAUACAUUAUGUAAUAAAAACCUGUUGUGAGAUCCAAGUGAGUUAUCAUAUACCCUCUUACCUCUUUCCUAUUUACAAACAUCCUUAAACCAUGUUCGGUGCAUGUUAGCUAAACAUAGCUUAAUAGACUACAAGCUGGUGUAAAACCUAGCCGAGUGAAGAAAUAUUUUUGUAUAGACCAGAAAUGUGUUCGUUCUGUAAAUGUCAUGUUGUGCUAAAUGUAACUUAAGGGGAUAAUAAAUGUCCUCAUCUCAACUGUUAUACUGUAGCUUGUGUGACCUUGUGUAAAUACUCAAAAUAAAU